UGACAUGCCAGGCAAGCAUAUGAUGAGCCACUCACCGCCUCUUAAAAAUCCUAAUGGAUCUUAUUCUUAUCCGAGGUUCUCUUUCGCACUCUUCUUCCUUUCCAACUUCUCUCAUGGCCAGCGCUUCGAGGCAGCCCCUCCACGCCACGGGCGCCAUUCCGCCGGUGCAACACUCUUUCCAGCGGGUUAUUUCCUCGUUACCCCUAGUAUUCCUCGAGCAUAAAAAGCAACGGCUGCCUUUUACCAAGCUGAGUGGACAUUACGGCCAACGAAACCUGAUUGUGAAGUUAAUGGGAAAGGCUUCCGCAGGAAAGGAUGACAUUGUGCCCGCUGCUGAUGACGAAGAAGACGGAAUCUCUCUUGGUACCAUGAAAUUGCCUUCCAACACUGAUCUUCAGAGAUUUGAAACCUUGUUGUUUCAGUGGGCCAACAGUCUAUGCCAAGGAGCGAAUGUGCCACUUCCAAUACCUUUAAAGAUUGACAAAAUACCAGGUGGAGCUAGACUUGGUUUUAUUACGAUUGGAGAUGGAAAGACUGAUGUCCUGGUGUAUAUAGAUUGCCUAGUCUUUCCAGCAACAGAUGGUUCAGGUCCAAUGUUUCGAGCAAUAAGAAAUGGACCCUUAAAAGAUCAGUCUCCCCCUGGUGAGCCAAGGAUCAUGAGAAGUCUUCUUCAAGCCCUGCAGAAGUCAGUUGAAAUUGCUAGAGUUUGAGCGAGACUUUGUUUGAUACGUAGCACUAUUUUCCCAUAUCCCCCACCUGCCACCUUCUUUAUCUCUCUUUCCUAGAUAAAGAUCCUAUUUCUAAACUAAAGAUAUAUAAACUUGAUAAUUCUUUUACACC